AGAGUUGAAAGAUAGUAAAGUUGCUUUGACAACGACAAGCGAAAAUGGCAGGUGAUCGAGCCGAAUCUAUGUACGAAAACACCAGAUUAAAUCUCCUCGAGGUCAUAGAGGAGAGAAAUCGUGCCCUUAAUAAGAAAUCCCUUCUUCACAGACUGGUUUAUGUAGCAAAACUGACUGAUUCAUUACCAGAGAAGAGGGUUUUAGGAGCUCACUAUGAGAAACAGUUCAAGAAUUGGCAGAACCAGUACCAGGGUGAAGGGGCUACAGGAAUGUUGUUGGUUUACCCUCAUCACUUUGUUCAUCUUGUAGAGUCAUCAAGCGAGAUGCUGAUGGCCCUGAUCCGUGAUCUUCGGGACCUGAUACAGAGUAACACCUUGGUGGAGGAGAGUAAGAUCCUGGUAGUCUCUAGCAAUGUCCCCACCAGGCUCUUCUCCCAGUGGAGCUUUAGGGUGCUCAACCUCCCUGAAUCCAGGCUACAGGAGUACGAAACCUCAGAGCCUAUUGAGAAGCUGGCACCAGAGUGUCUAGCCUUGAUGCUUAAACUUGGAUCCUAUCUUAGCAAACAACCAAAGAUCACGUUAAAGACUGUAAUGGAUCAAUUACAUGAGAAAGUACCCGACCUUCUCAUUCCUCAAGAUCUGAUUGGCUACCUGCUCUUCACGCCUGACCUUUGCACCCCUGCCGAGUUUCUGAACAAGUAUGACAAGCCGAUGGAUGUAGUUUUAGAUAAUGAACUUGAAUGGCCUCUUCCUACCAAGAACUUUCCUAUCAACUGAAUCUCAAGACUGCAUUCCAGAUGAUCACAUUCAGAAAAUAAGAUGAGGAUGUUCCAAUACGGGUCUCCCCAGGGCCUUGGAUAUCAAACCCCUCCCUGCAACCAGAAAUUUAUUUUGGAGCGGGUUGUAAGGGUGUCCAUGAGAAGAAUAAUAUCCUCUGGGUAACUGGUCCUCUUGAGACCACCCCCCCCCCACCACCUUGAGGUGAGCUGUGUACCAGAUUUCUUUAUGUUGGAUUCUUUUCCAAGGGAGUUUCCCUUCAGGGGCAGUUGUACAAUAUUUCACUGUGCUGAGAGAUCUUGGCCCUGUUUUACAAAGAGAAGUGGUCGAUUGAAACCAUUCUCAGAUUGUACGGUAGUUCUAAAUUUGUGAGACAUUAAUUUUAGAUCAAUCGCAAUUUGAUUUCAAUCUUCUUUUUGAAAGUGAGUGCUGUAUUACUCACUGACCAUAACAGGCAAAAAUAUAAAUUUUCCGGGGGGUUACUUUUUACAACCUACUGCCUAAAUCUGCAACAUUUGAUAAGUUUUAACACUGCAGUGAAAGGGGAUUUUUCAGGGCUCCUUUUUGAAUUUCGAAGUUUCUUUUGAGCAUUUCAGAGGACAAAUUGCCCCAAGCCCCCAUGCAAUUUUGUCCCUGGACCAAGAUUUAUGUCUUUCGAAAGAGCAACCAUACCUUGUAUAUCAACCCAGUCUUUGAUGAAAUAUUUUUCUGCCAAAAAAAUAAGGAUAUAGAUAAUGAACUUGCUUUGUAGCAAUCUCACAAACUAUUUUUCCAGUGGUAAUGUUGAAUAUUUUUGAUAAUGUUAACCUACUUAAUAUCAAGGCCAGGUAUAAUACAUAUUUCUUCUUCACCUGGAUUUACAAAAAAUACUUACAUAUAGGUGUGGACUUUCUUGUUAUGUUUCAGGAAAUACGUCUUUAUAUGGUGUGCCUUUGUAGACUUUGACCUUUACAUGUUAAUGUGUCUUUUCAUUCUUAUUGCAGAACCUCAUUAUUUAUUUUUUGAAUAAUAUUUGAAAUGGUGUAGUUUAUUGUAAAUAGGUGUAUAUUGUGAAUAAAAUUUAAGUGAGAAUAAUAUUUUAAGUGCAUAUUAUCUUUAUGCCUUUGUUAACUGAAUAUUUCAGUGUAUCUAUCGGGCUAAUAAAGUUUACAUAAAAUUCUAAA